CACAGCACCCACCGCUCUCCGGCGGGAUCUCCUUUGUAUUCCGGUUGUGGUCGCCCCACUCUGGGUUCUGGGCCCUUGAACUGUACUCCGAGGGGAGCCGAGCUCGUUGCCGUGCGGGGAGUUCUGGCUGCUGGAGUCUGGACCUCCCCUGAGUGGAAACUGCAGUCUCUUGCUGCGCGGGUGGCCCGUCCACAGAAUGCCUCUCACUCAAGCAGAAAGUGUUAUAAAGAAUAUCAUUCGGGAAAUAGGACAAGAAUGUGCCGCCAGUGGAGAGGUGGUUUCUGAAACUCUGAUUGCUUUUAUGGUGAAAGCUGUUGUUCUGGAUCCAAGUAAUGGCUUUAACAUAGACAGGACCCUCAUGAAAAGCGAUGUGCAGAAACUUGUUAAGCUUUGUGUGACUCGGCUACUUGACAGUAAAAAUCCAUCCCUGGACACAAUUAAGAUGCAAGUCUACUUUGAUAUGAAUUAUACAAGUCGAGAGGACUUUCUUGAAGAACAUCAUCGAGUCCUGGAGUCCAGAUUAAGCUCUGUCAGCCGAGAAAUUACAGAUAACAGAGCAAGGGCUAGAGAAGAACUGGAAAGCCUCUACCGAAAGAUCGUCAGCUAUGUGUUACUACGCUCUGGGCUUGGAUCCCCUACAGACAUCAAGAUUGUCAGGGAGGCGACAGCUGCCUUACAGAGUGUUUUUCCGCAGGCUGAGCUUGGGACAUUUUUAACUCUUUCUAAAAAAGACAAAGAACGCCAGCUGAAAGAACUCACUAUGAUUGUUACGGGAAUUCGCUUAUUUAACAGAAAUUGUGGAAAAGGAGGAGAAGGCAUUGAUGACUUGCCAGCUAUUCUUCAUGAAGCAAUCCCAGCCACCACUCAGUAUAUUGACUCUCAACUUCAGAUUGCCCAAGACCUGUUGUAUCGUUACACAGCCAUCCUUGAGAAAGUAACAAAAAACCCACUCCUGGGUAAAGAACUUCAGCAGUACAUGAUAAAAGAAGCACUAUAUAAUAUGCGACAAUAUGAGAUCUUCCUUCAGAUCAUCUUGUCAGAUAUACUUACUUGUGCUCAAGAAGUGGAAAUGAUGAUGAAGCAGUUAGCAGCCCAACUGGAACAAUUAAAACUGACUGUAAAAUCGAAGACAGCUGUCCCAACAUCACAAGUCUUUCCCAUCUUCAUGGCCCUAGCCAAUCUGUGGACCAGCUUUCAGGAUGAAACUGUUUUGAUUAGCAUACUUAGUAAUCUGACUACUCAUCUUGAGCCAUUCCUCGGUGCUCAUGACAUUCUCUUUCCUGAGAAAGUAAUGCAAGAUCUUCUUGAUGACGUGACUGUGAAAACGGACGCAAGCAGAAUACAAGAACAAAUGGAUUAUAAAGUCCGUGCAUCAGAUUUCAAAAAACUCGAAUGGCUUUUCCCAGAAACAACAGCAAAUUUUGAUAAACUGUUAAUUCAGUAUCGGGGAUUUUGUGGUUACACAUUUGCUACAACUGAUGGUCUUCUUCUUCCAGGAAAUCCAACAAUUGGAAUUUUGAAAUAUAAAGAAAAGUAUUACACUUUCAGUACCAGAGAUGCUGCAUACUCAUUUGCAGAAAAUCCUGAAAAUUAUAUUGAUUUAAUUAAAGAAAAAGCCAAAAAAAAUGCAGAGUUGAUUCAGCUUCUGGAACUUCAUCAACAGUUUGAAACACUGAUUCCAUGUUCUCAGAUGAGAGAUGUUGACAAACAUUAUGUAAAACCAAUUACCAAGUGUGAAAGUGGCACACAAACAGACACACACAUAUUGCAACCAACUAUUGUGCAGUCAUAUGAGUGGAAUGAAUGGGAACUCAGAAGAAAAGCUAUAAAACUGGCCAAUUUACGUCAGAAAAUUACUCACUCGGUACAGACUGAUCUCAGUCACAUGAGAAGAGAAAAUUGCUCACAGGUUUACCCUGCCAAAGAUGCCAACACCCAGACCAUGAGGCAAGAUGGCACGCAAGUGCCCAGGCCCCAGAUUUACCUGGCUGGUCUUCGUGGUGGACCAAGCAAAGUAACCCACGAGGUUAAGGUGGACCUAACUAGAGCUGUGGAUGAAACCUAGAGACGACAGCCUCAAACAUCAGCUCCUGCUUUAAACAACAACAAAUACUGAAAAGUAUUUUACAUCCGUGAAAAUUAAUUUUGUGGGGGUGUCACAUUCACUGAGUGUGUGAAUGUUUAUUUGAUUCUCAUAUUCUUUCAAACUGCUGUGAAAAGCUAGAAGUUAUGUUCCGUAACACAGUUUUCAUUCCAUUAAAAUUCAAAGAAAA